AUGCCCUCGCGUGCGCAGGGAUCGGGCGCGGACGCAGACUCAAAGGAUGCCUGGCAAAAACCCAAGGGGCCGCCGCCGCUGCCAUUCCCUCUCCCGGCCGGAGACGCACCCGCUCCAGAGCCUUCCCCGUUGCCGGGCGAUGGCGGCCGUCGAGGCCAGAACACACUGCUCGACCCUGGCCUCGAGGAGGCGCCUCGGAGAACGAAAACUUCCUCCGCGAUCCGGAAACUCCCCAGCGAAGGUGCACGCCUCGGCGCUAAGGCAGACAGUCCGUCCCCGCCGUCGAUGGCAAGCCAGCCGGCCGGCAAAGCUCCAGGCAUCAAAGCUCCGAAGGGAAGCCCAGGAGCAAAGGCUGCGAGUGCCUUGUCAGGGGGCAAGCUCCAGGUGAUUGGCGAAACAGAGGUUUCGAUGGGCGCGCAAGAGGACAGCCCAACUGGCGAACCUGCAGCGGCGGGACCCGCGGCCGGCCGGCCUGCGCAGCAGGCGGAGGCUGCGGGCCAAAUGGCGACGAAAUCGUCGGUCAAACAAACGCCUCGUGGACCGGCGCUGCUUCCCAAGGCAGCGAAAAAAGCUCCACCAGGAGCGUCGGAAGUCCAUACACCCGCGUCAGCGGCGAGCGACGCAGCGAAGGCACGCAUUGCUGCGGCCGCCAUGGCGGAGCUCGGCCCCGUCUCGACGGAGAGGUCAAAAGUUAGCAAUCGCUCGGUAACUUCGAGCUCUACAGGCCGCACGGCGAACGCAGCCGAGAAGGCAGCGAUGCGGAGUGAAAUGCGCGCCGCAGGGAAAAAGGCUUCCGUAUUCAACUUCGGCAAGGAGGAGGGUGAACAGUUGGAGGUGAUGCUUCAACUUGCUGAAAAGGCUGUUGCGGGCGCGAAAAAGAGCCGCGAGAAGGUGGGCACGGAUGGGAAGAGAGGGAAGGCUGACCGGGAACGUCUGAAACACCUGGAAGAGUACAAAGACAAACUGGAGAAGCAGUUGGAGGAGACACAACGGACUGCCGAGGCCGAAAAGAACGAACUGCGAAAAGAAAUCGCUGCACGGGAAAACUCGUUGAAUGUGCAGAGCGCUGCUCGACUUCGUGAGAUUCAGAAGCGAAUCAGCGACAUGGAGGCCUAUUACCGAAACAAGCUAGACGUCCAGGCGGAAGAGAAACGCGAAGCGAAUCAGGCACGCGAGAGACUGGAACGGGAGAUCGCCUCCCUUCGAGAGCAGCACAGACGAGAUCUCGCCGAGACCAGUCGCGCGAGAGAACGGGACGCCGCGAAAAGUGAACACAAACUUCAGUCCAUGACGGAGACGAUUCAGUCGUUGACCACCUCCGUGGCUCAGCUCCAGGAAAUCAGCGAUGUGUCGCGAUCGGCGCUGCAGGCCAUGGAGGAAAGGAACAAGUUGGCGGCGGCGAAAAUAGAGAUCAUGAGUAAAAAGGAGGCUGAACGCGAAAAGGAAAUGCGCAAGCUCAUGCCCACUCGGGAAGCUAAGCGUCUCGCCUUUCGAGCCUUACAAAAGGGACGGGCUGUGGAAAUGAUUUUUCAUGUCAUUGAGCACGCAAGCAACACUGUGCUGGAUAAGGCGUGGGCCCUUGCGAAGAUGAGCGAAGUCGUUGGCGGAAGCUCUUCGAAUCUGCUCUUCACCAGAGGUCGAGACCCCAUCGAGGAACGUCUCCUGCAAUUCAGGAAGGAGCAGAUGUUCCUCAUGACGGAAAAUGAGAGGCUGAUGAGCGAGGUUUCGCGCCUGCAAGAGAUCGUGGCACAAAACAAGGGCAUUUCCCUGGCAGUAGGAGCGCAAGAACAAUCCAGAUUGCUAGAGCAAAUCGUCGGCGAACCAAACUGUCGGGUCCCCGCGACGCGCUGGCUCUUUUCCGUCGUCCAGACGGUGGUCAAAAGGCGGCUUCUCCUAGGCUUCACAGCGCUCAAGGACGUCGUGGCCGAAGACAAACGAGACGACACAGUCCGCUCGCUGCAAGAUCGAUUCAACGAAAUGCGACUCGCUGCCUACAACGACAUGAUGAAGAAGAUAGCGAUGACGAGGAUGCUGUGUGUUAUCAAGAAUCUUUGGACCAAAACGGCCUUCCGGUCCUUCUCUGCCUUAAUGAUGAAUGCAGCGGCCAGACUAGCGAGAAUACACGAUCGGAGCCAAUUUCUGCAACAGAACCCAGGAGGAGCUCUUGCCGUCGACAGCUCUUCUUUUCGAGUGGCCUCAGGAGAGAUGCAAAGGGUUGCCGUGUUCCAAGGGCCGAAGGCUGCCUCAGGCCAGUUUUUACCACCAGCUACGUUCAAGGACGAGUCGUUUCUCCCGACGAACGCGCCUGUUGCAGUACAGCCGUACUAUUACGGCCACCUCCCAUCCGUGCAGAGAAAGAGAGCGCAAAACAUGUUUGUUCCCAUACGGGAGGCGCCUCCCGUCCCGGUGGGAUAUCUUGGUCAGGCAGGGUACAUGGAUGAGCAGCUGACGGUGGGUGUGCCCGUCAGUGACGUCAGGAGCUCGCAGGCCCCGCCGUUCCCUACCCCGAUGGGCACACGCCUGAACGCGGUAUCCAAAAACAUCCCUCCGGACCCGUAUUCUUCUGGGACCGCCCGUGAGAAAAUCGACGAGACCGCAGGGACGUUCAGGAUGCGGACUGCGCAACAGGGUCUCCAGAAAAGAUUGUGGGUCCGCCCAGACGCAGCUGGGAGUGCUGGUGGGGUUGAUGGGGUUGACGGAGUCGGGAAACCCGUCGACUGA